AUGGAAGAGGGUAUAUCAGAAAGACGAAGAAAGUAUGGCGCGAAAAUAUAUCGCGAGCUGACAGAGACAGAAAAAAGGGCAAAAUAUGACCUUUCCACAAUUACCGAUGAACAAAUCGAGGAGCUUAUGAACUCUAUUCCUAAUUCAGAUGACGCGUCAGUUUACGAAGAUGAUGACGAUAGCAUAGCCGAUCCGAAAUAUGACUACAAGACGGAUGUGCUCACAUCCGAGAACGAUGAGAUUAUUUCUAAAUGUCUCGGUGAAAAUAUCAGUGAUUUGGAGCUCGCCGAGAACCUGCCAUUGGAACUAAGUAAUCUAACUAAUGUUAGUGAAUAUUUAUUGGAUGUUUUAGAACCAAAAACAUCUACUUCUGAAAUGGCAACAACAUCGGCGUUGCCAGAUGUUACAGCAGAAACUUCAACACCGGAAGUAUCAACAACUGAACCGGUUACUGUUUAUUCUUGGCUCUUUGUGGACUGUAUCAACUUUUAA